UAAAUAGUUUUAUACAAAAUAACAAAAAUUGAUUUAUAUUUGUUUGUAAACAUAAUAUGUCAUGGUAUAUUUUUAAAAAUUAUUAAAUUUAUUUUAGUAUUAAAAUACUAAAAUAAGUAUAUAACCAAUAACAAUACAUUUAAUUUAUAUUUUGUUUAUUAACGUGAUUUUCAUGAUAUUUUCAUUUUAUUCUUAUUAUUCAGUUGCAAGAAUAACUUGUAUUUGUUAUUUAAGUUAAAAAUUUAAUAUUUUUUUGUUUGUAUUUUUACUAAAUAUUUAUUGUUAUAAUCCAUUUGUAAGAAUAACUUUCAAAAAAGAAUAUUUUCAAAAUAUGUUUUUACAACAAGUACCUUAUAUUUAUGAAUAUUUAAAAUUUACUUUAUUUACUUUUAAUUUUCCAAGAGUUAUAAAGAAUUAUAAAUUUGUUUAAAUUAAAAUUUCCUCAAAUAUACAUUACAUAUUAAUGUUUUGUUUGUCAACAUAGUUGUUCUGCUUGAGUGUUUAUUCAAUUAUUAUAAGAAGUAUUUCACAAUGUAAUUGUACAUAUAUCAAUAUUCUUAUUUACUUUGAAUAAUAUAAUAUGCAAAGAUGUGUUUGGUUUAAGAUUCUUGUGCUUUUAAUUUAUUUUGAGAUUUUGUAGGUUAUGCUAAUUCUUAGAAUUUGGUUUAAUAACAUUACUUUAUAUUAACAAUUAUAUAUUUUUUUAUUUAAUUAUAUCAUUUUUAUAAAUUAAUAUAAUAAAUAUUUGUUUAAGAUAACAUCAUAUUUACAAGAUAUUAGUGUUGUUAUUAAAAAUAAUGUUUUUAAAUCAAUAAAAAUUAAGAAAUUGAAAGAUUCAUAAAAUAGUAUAAAUUUAAUGUUUUAUUUAAUUUUUUUUAUCUUUAACCUAAUAAUAUAUUUAUUAAUAAAUAUUUAUUAAAUAACUAUGUCCGCAUGUGCGGGCAAAACUCCUAGUAAUAAAUAAUUAAUACACGAGGCUAAAAUAUGAGAUUACUGUGGAAUUGGAGUUUAAGCGACGAGUUAAGAGGCGAUUGUUAAAAAUAUAAUAUUCUCUCCGAAAAGAUCUAUAUUUUGAAAAAAUUAAUAUAUUUUAAUAUAUGUUUAAGUUUCAAAAUAGACAUACUUUUGAAACAUAAGAAGUAUUGAAAAAUUAUUGUAAGUUGGAGAAGACUUUUUUUAUUCUUUGGAUAAAAUUUUCCUUACUCUAUGUAAACUAAAAUCAAAAGGAAGAUUCGUAGAUCUUGUCUUUUGGAAGUUACUAUGACAAGUCAUAAAAUUUGUGUAUAAAUAGGUGUAAAAAAUCUCUUCAUGAGUUUCAAGACAGAAGAGAAAACCUAAAGAGAGUUUUGAAUUUAUUGUAAGAAGACAAACACAAAUUGAAAAGGUCUCAUUGUCAUUGGGAUGUUUUUGGGUUGUUUGUAAAUCUUUGAACAUGAUGAGAAGCUAGGUUAAGUUAAGAUGUGUUUUAAAUUUAUUGAAAUCAUUUAAAUGAAAAUUUUAUACAUUUAAAUUUAUUUAACAUUUUUGUAAAAAUGUGUUAGUUUUGAGUUUUAAUAUCAAUAGUUUUGAGAAAACAGCCAUUAAAAUCAUAAAUUUGCAAAUUAAAGCAAAAAAACUUCUGAGUCGUGUUUGAUCCAAAAAAAAUCUGCAAGUUUUAAAUAUUGGAUGCUUUAACUCUCAUUUUUUGUUUACUCGACCAUUUAAAAAACUCAAAUAGUCCACUGUUAAACUAAAACGUAAAGCUCAACAAGAAAUCAAGACUGAGCUUUCGUCACCUAAAACUUGAUAAGUAAUUGAGAGUGAUAAUUCGACUUUAUCAAAAUGAUGAGAAUCAUUACCUGUAGCUGGAGAAACUAUCACUGAUUGUCUUAAUCGUAGAUUGCCUUUGUAAUCGACUUGGAGAAGAUGAAAUUGAAUUGGGAAUUAGGUUUUUGAGUGAGGAAGGCGAACUCGGUUUUUUUAAACAAAAUAAUUUUUAAAAUGGGAUCGUAUAUAACGGUCGUUGCUCGAGUUUAACAGUUGAUUUUUCGAGUAGCUGAAUCAACAAAAAAUGAAAGUUAAAACAGCUAAUAUCGAAAAGUUGAAGAAUUGUUUGGAUCAAACAUGAGUUUUUUACGCUCAUAAACAAGAGUUAGAGAUUUUUUUUUUAUUUGAAAGUUCAGGGUUUAAUGGUUGUUUUCUUAAUAUUUUUUGUACUUUUAAGGUCUUAAAUAAUUUAGGGACUGCUGGUAGACUCGUAAGACACCCUUUUAAACCUUAAUUAAGUUUCUGAUAUUUAAGGUCGUGAUAUAUCAUGAAUUAUUUUCUUAUUAAAAAAUUAUGGCAGAAAAAAUUACAGCAAUUUUCAUGUAAAAUCUAUUUUGUUAACCUUCUAUUCAUGUGUGAUUUUUUUUAAAAAAUAGACAUUUCUUAAAAAAUUAUAUUUCAUUUAUUUCUAAUUAACAUUUUUGCAUUAAAUAUCACAUCUUAUAUAAUCAAGACAUAUAACAACUUCACCUAUAAAACUGUUUUAAUUUUAUUUUUAACUAUAACAAAUUUGUUGACAAAAAUAUAAAAAUCCUACUAAAAUUUUAAAUAUUUUUAUUUAAUAAUGAAUUAUAAUUUCGUAGUUAAUAGUAUAAAAUUAUUCAAAUCAAUGUUAAUGAAGAUUUUAUUACAAAAAACUGUAUGCUAUUUUCAUAAGCUUUCUAAUUAUAGUCUAUAUUAUUAAAACUAAAGAACAAUAUAAAUUUAUUCUAUUAAAAUAGAAGUCACCACUUAUAUUCAUGUCUGUUUUUUUUUAUGGAAUUUACCUAGAAAAUCAUAUUUCAUUUAUUUCUAGUUAACAUUUUGGCAUCAUUAAAAUAUUACAUCUUGUAUAAUCAACACAUAGAACAACUUCACCUAUAAAGCUGUUUUAAUUUUAUUUUUAAUUAUAACAUAUUCGUUGACAAAAAUCUAACAAAAUCCUACUAAAAUUUAAAUACUUUUAUUCAAUAAUGCAUUAAUUAAUUUUGUAAUUAGUAGUAUAAUAUUGUUCAAAUCAAUUUUAAUUAAUAUUAUAUUAGUAAAAAAUUGUAUGAUAUUUUCAUAAACUAUCAAAUUAUAGUCUAUAUUAUAUUAAAAUGGAACUACUAUAUGAAUUAAAUAGAAAAUUAUCUAAAUUAAUAAAUUAACUUAUUUUAUUUUUUUAAAGUAUUUCAUUUAAAAUAUCAGUCACCAUUAAAAGGUAUUUAAAUUCGUAAAACAUGUAUAAAAUUUACCAAAAUAAUAAGCCUUAAUUAUUUAAAUAUAACAGUAUAUUUACUUAUGAAAUCGUGAUAUAUACUAAAAUUAUAAAUGCCAAAGUACAUUUUUAAACCCAACAAAAAAAUAUAAAUGAUCCUAUACAAAUAUCUAUUCUAUAGUAAACUAAAUAAAAUGUUUUUAAAAAAUAUGUUGUAUGCAAACUGUAGAAAUUAAAAAUAUAUAUUUUGAAGGGUUUUAUGUUUUUGAUGAUUUCAGAUUAUUAGUUUAUUGUACCAAAUUAAAAAAAAAAUUAUAUGUAAUAACAAUUAAUAAAAAAAAGUAACAGUAUAUAACAAAUCUUUAUAUAUUAAUAAUAUCAAAUAACAACUAAACAACAAAAAAAAAAUAGUACAUUACUUAUAACAUUAAAAUAUAAAUCAUAUAUUUAAAAUAUUUACGUAUAUCAAAAUGAUGCAUUUAUAAAAUAUCCACACCGGGGAUCAUGCUCUAGUUAUUAUUACUUGAUACCCAAAUGCACGCAUGCUUUUGAGCUAUUCAAUUCAUUUGAAGCAGUUACGUCGUAGUGUGUGAAUGGUUAUUUAGUCAAUGUUAUUUGUGGCCAGACAUUAUAAUUGACAAUAGUAUAUAUUAUUUAAGAUACUAGCAUUUUGUUAUCCUACCGUAAACAUCAAGGACAAGCAGCUAACGUUCCUAUCUAAAACUCAACUUGGUGGACAGACAUCAUUCAAGUGACCUAACACAUUGCAUUCUUUUCCUUGGUUGAUAAGAAAAUAUGAGUAUAUAAAUGCAUAUUUGUAUUAGUAUUAGACUAUAAGACAAAGUUCAUAUUUUAUCAGGGCCAUAAUACUUAGAGAGAAGUCAAUAUGAAUGUGACUCCUCUCUUGCAUAUAAUGGUUGUGUUUCAUUUUCUCGAUUCCGUGUAAACAAGCUUACCGACUUCGAGCCUGGGGGGAACAUAUAGUGCGAUGUCUUCAAAAACAUACAAUCAUAAAAAUACUAUUCACAUAAGAUGUCUGAUGUUGUUUUCAUUAUUUAGGUCUUAAACAUCGAAGACGGUUUGUGACUUUGUUCAAAAAACACCUAAGAUGAAACUACUUUUGAAUUUGUCAUCGCUAUCCUAGUAUCUGUUUGAGCAUAUAGAUGCCUAUAAAGUUGAAUCUGUCUUAAAUCAAACAAUCAUUGAAUUACGAUCUUUCAAAUUUUCAAAUUAAUUCUAUAUAGCAAGAAACUACUUAUGUUACAUAACUAAAAAAUAAAACGAAAAAAUAGAUGUUCUUAAAUCAUGAUUAGCAUAUAUAUUACAGGUGAAAUAAAAAUUGAAUGUAGUUAUAUAGUUUUUUUCAUUAAAAAAACAGGCGCAUAAAACUGCUUAUGCACCCCACUACAAUUCACCUUAUGGCCACACAGAUAUGAACCUGUCUGUCCAUAUCUUACGGCAAUUUGAAUAUCCGGAGUGAGAAUCCAUCCGUAAACCGUAUCACUCUUUUAGAGAUUAGUAUGAGUUUCUCUAUGAGCCCGGGAUAUCUCAAAGGUUAAACAAAAAAAAUUAAAAAUAAUAUUCACAACUUAAGAUGCAACUUUACAAUUUCAAAUGCAUAUUUCACGUAGUAAUUACAAGUUUUAGUCGUAUAUUUCAUCAAAAUUUUGCUAAUAGUAGUGUUCAACUUGUAUAGUCCAACUAAACUCCACAAGUAUGAAGUAUCAUAUUGGUUUCCCCCUUGGACGGACAUCAAAUAUAUAUGGACAAGUUAGCUUGAUUCAUUAUUAUACUAAUCGGAAUUACUUGAGGUGUCUGAUUAGCUAACCUAUAUGACAAAUCUAAACGCGUUCAUUAUUCAUCCAAGUUGCUUAAAUCUAAUAUUACUGAGUUAAAUCGAACUUGUAAAUAAUCAAUUUCUACGUAUUAAGUUCUUCGAUCAUUUAAAUUUUAAUACUAUCCCUCCAUCACUGAAAAUAUAUCUAUCCAAUUAUUGGUAGAACACAUCCAAAGGAGCAAAACAACUGAAUAUUUGGGAACUCCCUAUAUUUGAUUCGACGUAGGAAAAAGAGAAGCUGGAAAUCAGAGCUAUAACGUUCACAUUGACGAGACCAAAUGUUCUUUAACACGAUAGUACAUAUUGAUACUCCAACACUAGACGAAUUUUUAAAUAAAAUUAUUAUAGCAAUGUUAUUUUUUGACUGAAUUCUUGUUAUUAUAGCAAUAAGCUAAUGCAUCACAUCAGCGAUUAUUGAUAUAAUACUCACUUUUAACGGAUACUAGAUUCUAACCCGCGUUAAAAUGCGGGAUUAUUUUUUAUAAAAUGGUUGUUAGAAAUUUUUUACAGUUUCAUUAAAUUUUAAUUUAGAAUAUAUAGUUUGUAGUUCAUUUACUUAUUUGUUUCGUUAGUAAAUCUUUUUUAAUGUAAUUAUUUUGUUUUUAUUAGAAUAUUAGGAUGAAUUUGUUCCAGUAAAUCUAUGUCAAAAACAUAAUUUAAACAUUUCGUGCUUGAAAUAUUUAAUAUUAGUUACAUGCAUCUAACCUUAUAUGCUACCAAUAGAUUGAUUUAUACGUAUAAAAAUAGACAAUGGCUUAGUUAAACCAAUUCCCUAUAGCACCAGUUAUUAAUUACCAUUUCAUACAUUAAAAUCUUGAUAAAUAAAAUGUUCGAAUUAGUCUACGUAGCAGUGAGAAAUAUAAAGAGACAUAAUAAAAUGAUUUCAUGUAUACUAUAUUGUAUUGUGUAUGUCAUAUUUAGAUAUAGAUAUUUUUGUAUGUCGAAACUAAAUGUCACUUGGUAAAAAUAUCGGUCAUGUUUGUAGAUUUCCAAAUAAUUGGUAAGUAAAAUGAAUUGGUGUAACAGAAUUUUCAGAUUUAUAUAUUUAAAUAUCCAAUCUAAUCUAUCAUUAACGAAAAAGUGCAUAGAUCCAAAAUUUAAAUGACAACAUUUUAUCAAUAAAUAUAAGUAGGACCCUAAAUAAAUAAAUUAUAUUAUUUAAAUGGAAUUUGAACCAUAGUUUAUCAUGUAAAAUUAUCAUUAUGUAUGUAGUUGGACAUCAUAUUUAUUAAACAAUAUUAAAAAAAUUACUUUGCAAAAAGUUAUUAUUACAGUUUAGUCUGAAAAUGUUUAGUUGGAUACAUAUGAACUUUUACUAUAUUUUCAAAAACAUAAAUUUAUAUAUUUACAUUGGGUGGUUUGCAAAUCAGUUACUCUUUUGUCAAUAAAAUGAUAAAAUCUUGAUCACACUUUUAUUAUUUUGUUGACAAAAAAAGUAACUGAUUUGCAAAUGAAAAUAAUUAAAUCUUCAUCAUAUUGUUAGAAAAUAAGUUUAAAAUAAUAAAUAUUAAACGUAACAAAGUUAAAGUUUGUUAUAUAACCUAGUAUGAGAUAUGGUAGAUGUUUAAUAAAUCUUGACCUCUUGUUAUUAUCGUUUGUCUAGGUUAGAUUUACAAAAGAUUCUUUGGUUGAUACUUGAUAGUAAUUUUAACAAUAUUAAGUUAGUUAUCUAAAGUUCAUCGUGGUUCUAAAGUAAUUGUUUCUGUUUUCUUUUUGUUAGCAUAUUUUAGGAAACGAUUUGGUUAUUUUAGAUAAUAUUGUUAGAGCUUUAAAAACUAUAAAAUGAUGAAAUAAAAAUCUAAUAAUAAUGAAUGUCAUAUAUAUUUUCUAGUGAGAAUUGAAUAGGUCCAAAUUUAAAUGACAAUAUUUUUAAGUAGAUAAAAAGUAGGACUCUAUUUUAAUAGAUUAGAUAUAAGCUGUUUUUCAACAAGUUAAUAAUGCCAUCAAAUAAAGGUGUGGUUUUUUUUUGACAUCGUAAAGGUGUGGUUAAUGCGCCUGUAGUGAACAUAUAUACUGGGUUGUAGAGGCUUAUAGCUCAACGGUUGUUAUUUGUAAACUUGUAAUGGUUGGUUUUUCAUAAACGCUGCAGUCAUGUCUUUAUUGAAUUCAAAUUUACUUUCUUAUAAAUAUAUAGAAUAUGUGAUCUUUUUGUUGUUGUGAGUUGUCAGACUAUGUGAUCUACGUAAGGAAGAAUCACCAAAAAGGAUGCAACAGCUGCAGUAAAAUUAACAAAUCAAAUCUAAAAUUGAAUGCUUGUUUUGGCACGUACCCACCAUUUGACAACAUAUGGUACAUCAUCCAAUCACUAUGAUUAAAACAGUCAAACUUGUAAUAAAAUAAAUAAUUACUUUCACACGUAACAGAAGAUGGGUCCUACCCACUCCCUCCACCUCCCUCUCCCUCUCCUCGUUCAGUAUAUAAACAACACAUUUAGCUCUUCCGAGAAACAAACAUUUCGCAACCUCUGCGCAACAAUGGCUCUCUUCGUUCUAUCUCUCCUAAUGCUCUCAUCAUUCUCAGCCAUUUCCUUCACGCAUGCAGAUUCUGGAAUGAUCGGAGUAAACUACGGCCGCAUAGCGAACAAUCUCCCGGCGCCGGAGAAAGUCGUUGAGCUUCUAAAAUCCCAAGGAAUCAAUCGCGUCAAGCUUUACGACACUGACAAAUCCGUACUAACCGCGCUCGCAAACUCCGGCAUCAAAGUCGUCGUCUCUCUCCCCAACGAGAAUCUCGCCGCCGCCUCCGCUGAUCAGAGCUACACCGACAACUGGGUUCAGGAAAACGUGAAGAAAUACACGCCGGCGACUGAUAUCGAAGCGAUCGCCGUCGGUAACGAAGUGUUCGUCGAUCCCAGGAACACGACGACGUAUCUCGUUCAAGCUAUGAAGAAUGUUCAAAGCUCGCUCGUUAAGUUUAAUCUCGACGAAUCGAUCAAGGUAUCGUCGCCGAUAGCCUUGAGCGCGCUGGCGAAUUCGUAUCAACCAUCGUCCGGUUCGUUUAAACCGGAUUUAAUCGAACCGGUGAUUAAACCGAUGUUGGAUCUGCUCCGCAAAACGUCGUCGCAUAUCAUGGUGAAUGCGUACCCGUUCUUCGCCUACGCGGCUAACGCCGAUAAGAUCUCGUUGGAUUACGCUCUGUUUAAGGAGAACGCCGGCAAUGUAGAUUCCGGUAACGGUUUGAAGUAUAACAAUCUCUUAGACGCGCAAAUCGACGCCGUUUUCGCCGCCAUGGCCGCCGUGGGAUUCAACGACGUUAAGCUCGUGGUGACGGAGACGGGUUGGCCUUCCGCCGGGGACGAGAACGAGAUUGGCGCCGGUUCGGCCAACGCGGCGGCGUAUAACGGCGGGUUAGUUAAGAGAGUGUUAACGGGAAACGGAACGCCGUUAAAACCGAAGGAGCCACUUAACGUCUAUCUGUUCGCUCUGUUCAACGAGAACCAGAAAACGGGGCCCACGUCGGAGAGAAACUACGGGUUGUUUUACCCGAACGAGAACAAAGUGUACGACGUUCCGUUCUCCGCUAAGUCAACUCCGGUCAACGAUGGCAAAGAUAAAGUUCCGGUGAAGACGCCGUCGUCGCACGUGGGAGGACAGACGUGGUGCGUGGCGAACGGGAAGACGACGAAGGAGAAGCUUCAGGAGGGUCUCGACUACGCUUGCGGCGAAGGAGGCGCUGAUUGCCGUCCGAUUCAAAAGGGUGCCACGUGUUAUGAUCCGGAAUCGUUAGAGGCACACGCUUCUUAUGCGUUCAACAGUUACUAUCAGAAGAACGCGCGUGGUGUUGGCACGUGUGAUUUUGGUGGUGCAGCGUACGUGGUCUCGCAACCUCCUAAGUACGGGAAAUGCGAGUUUCCAACAGGGCACUGAAAUGGGAAUGGAGGAGGAGGAUCCGGCGGAUUAAUUAAUAGCAUUUUCUCGUUAUCUAUUUAAUACAUUGUUUUGUCAUUCGAGUAUAUGAUUAUUUAUUGCGUAGAUUUGUUUUCAUUAUUGUAUAUUUGGUUGGUUUCGUCGUAUCAUAUAAACUGGUCUCAGUAUUGUUUCCUUAAUUUAAACCUCGUGUAAUCAACAGUUACACAAAAAAACUUCACAGAGGUUUAUGAUUGAAGUAUCAA